AUGGCAUGCACGUGGGUGAGCUUGGACAACACCUUGCGGAACUACCUCAUGAAGAAAGCCGCCGCGCACGAGGCGGCCCGUGAGUCAAUGAACGAAGCCGCUCAGGCCGCGCGCGAAGCUGCCGACCUCAUCCGCGGCGCCAACCCGGAUGCGAUGCCAGUACCGGAGAUGGAGGAAGCCGGGCCCACGGAGGUCAUCGAAGAUGUGGCACCCGCCGAACCCGGUGAAGCUCUCGGGCCAGUCGAGGCCGAGGAGUUGAGUGAAGAGCUGGGGAUCGAGGUACCACCUGACGCCACACUGGAAGAUUUGCCUGCGCUCAACGACAUGGCGGAGCUCAACCACGAAGGGGUGGACUUGGAGCGUGAAAGGGAGAUGCUGUAUUCCUCAAACAUCAACGACGAACUUUCCAAAGUGAGCUGCGCUCCACCGGUGGAGCUUAUGCUGUGGCUGCAGGCACCAGCGUCAAAGAUGCGUCGACAUGAGCCUCUCAACCGGUUCCUGAUUGAUAUCCAUUAA